AUGCUGUCCCGCGCCGUCCUGCUGCUGGCGGUGCUGUCCGCGGCGCUGUCCGCCGAGGUGCCCGAGUCCCACAUCAUGCACGUGCCCCGCCACGGCCUGCCCCAGCAGGUGCCACAGGCCGCGCCCCCCGCGCAGCCCGCCGCCCCCACAGGCCCGCAGACCCCCGCCGAGGAGCGAUCGCUCAAGCUCAUCAAGCACGCGCCCCUGCUCACCAAGCUGGCGCUCAAACCUAAGUUCCCCUUCGGCUUCAAGGAGAAGUUCCCCUUCGGACUGAAAAAGAAGCUGCCCGCCUUCCUGGGUGGCACAGCGGCCGCUGCUGCAGCCACCGGCGCCGCCGGCGCCGCCGGUGCUGGUGGCCUCGGCGCUCUGGGCAUCCAGGGCCUAGACUUCUCCAAGCUGAGCUCCAACGACGCCGCCAUCCUGCACCAGUACCCCGUCUGGAAGGUGCACCGCUACAACGGCAUCGACCUGAGGCCCGUCCGUCUGGGAGCCCCCGGCCCCUCCGGACCGUACCCCGCAGCCGCCCCCGCCGCGCCCUACCCCGCGGAGGAGCCCAAACAGGUGUACGGGCCCCCGCCCAAAGAAGUCUCAGUGCCCGAGCCCGUGUACGGCCCCCCUGCUGAGGCCUACGGACCCCCAGCUGAGACCUACGGCCCCCCUGCUGAGGCCUAUGGCCCCCCUGCUGACAUCUACGGCCCUCCCGCCCAGACCUACGGCCCGCCCGCUGAGACCUAUGGCCCCCCCGCCGAGGUCUACGGACCCCCCGCUGAGACCUACGGACCCCCGGCUGGCGCCUCCGCCGAGGCUGCUCCUGGUGGCGAUGAGGGCCUGGAGGCCCUGUCCCAGCUCGGCGCCCUGACCGACUUCCUUCCCGGUGGUGGCUCCGGAUCUGGAUCCGGUCCUCUUGCCAGCCUCGGCAACCUGGGCUCCCUCUUCACCUCCGGCCGCUCCAAGGGCGAGAUCUUCUCCACGCUGAGCAAGCUCAAGCAGAAUUUCCCCGAGAUCAUCAAGUCCGCCGUGGGCUCCGCCCCCGCGCCCGCACCGGAGAGCGCCGUCUACCACCCGCCCGCGCCCUCUGGCAUCCACGGCCUCUUCAAGGGCCACCCCCUGUUCUCCAAGUUCGCCAACGGUUUCUCCGGUGCCGGUUCCCACGUGCCCCUGCCACCGCUGCCCGAGCUGCCCACCCUUCCCGAGAUCAAGGGUCUGAAGGAGAUCCCCGGCAUCCCCGCCCUGCCGCACAUCAAGCUGCCCACCAAGUACAUCGCCCAGGGCGGCCCGUACGUCAGCGUGCGCUACCCUACCCAGCCGGCCUCCGCCAUCAGCCCCCGCGGCCAGCAACUGCCCAUCCCCGCCGCAGCCCCCACCUUCGCAUUGGUUUCAACCACAGAGAGCUCUCCACACCGUGGUUUCAAACUUGCUCGAGCUUCUCAAGGUACUGUCGGGGACAGUGUGGAAUAG